CCCCGGAAGCGGCACGUGGGUUGGAAAGGCGCGCGGAGCCGGGGACCACGGGAGCCCGGGACCAAGGGAGCCGGGGAGCGGGAGCCCAGAGCCCAAGGGCACCAUGCGCGCCUCGAGGCUCUACACCUUGGUGCUGGUGCUGCAGCCUCAGCGAGUCCUCCUGGGCAUGAAGAAACGAGGCUUCGGGGUCGGCCGGUGGAACGGCUUCGGGGGCAAAGUUCAAGAAGGAGAGACCAUCGAGGAUGGGGCCAAGAGGGAGCUGCAGGAAGAGAGUGGACUGACCGUGGACACGCUGCAGAAGGUGGGCCAGAUAACGUUUGAGUUCGUGGGUGACCCCGAGCUGAUGGACGUGCACAUCUUCUGCACAGACAGUGUCCACGGGACACCCGUGGAGAGUGACGAAAUGCGCCCCCAGUGGUUCCAACUGGACCAGAUCCCCUUCAGUGACAUGUGGCCCGAUGACAGCUACUGGUUCCCCCUCCUGCUUCAAAAGAAGAAGUUCCACGGCUACUUCAAAUUCCAAGGUCAGGACACCAUCCUGAACUACACACUCCAGGAGGUCGACACAGCCUAGGACAGCCGAGCAGGCCCCUCAGCCGUGAGAACCCCUGCCCGGCCGCACUGCUCCGGGCUCAGCGCGCAGGCACGGGCUCCGGUCUGUCUGCAGCGUGACUGGAUGGAAAGGAAAAUAAACCUCUUUUACCUUUUCAACACUCCGCACCGGGCCUCAUGACGUCCCGUCCUCGGGCAGCCACCUGCUGUGCCAGGCCGUGACCCGCACCCCCGGAAAAAGGCAGGAGAGAGACAGGCCCGAGGGGGGACAGCUUGACAUCCCGUGGGGGGCAGCUGGUGCGGGAGGCCAGGCGUGGACUGUGCGGGGCCGCAGGGUCCAGGGGGCGGGGGCAGACGCCGUGUCCUCCUCUCACCGCCCCUCUUAAGGGGAAACCAAGGCGUGGUCAGGGCCCCAAGCCCGGGCUCAUGUGCCAGAGGAUCACCCUCCCUCCCCCAAGACAGGCUGUUCCUGUCCUGGCUGGUGGGUCACCAACCACUUGCACAAAAAACUCACAUCGUGACUCCAAUUUUUAUAAAUAUGUUUAAUGACAGUUGUUCCUGUAAGUCACUGAUAAAAAUCUCGGAAUGCAGAUCAUUUGUAAACAAUUCCAGUUAUUGGGUGUGGUGGUCAUUGAUUCCUGCAGCCGUAUAAAGUGCUUCAUACAUAAACGCCUGGCGCAGAGGAGGAGGAAAGGCCUCGGGUACAGAACCGCCCGGACCUCAGGCGGCCCGAGCCCACGUCCCCGCAGCAGCCUGCCCCAGCCACGACCUCCCUCCCCGCGCUGCAUCUUCACCGGGUGGCUGGCACGAGGCUGUGGGUCAGCACCUAGUCACGGGACACGGGCUGCAGGGACGUGGCCUGAAGGCACACCCCGCGGGCCCGGCUAAGGCAGCGGCACUCAGCCCUCCCGGGACAGGGCGGCCAAAGGGCCCC